AUGCAGCAGUUUCCAUCAGAAGCAGAUGUUGCUUACUGUCGACCUUCUAAUCACGAUGCAGAUGAUUACUGGGAGCAAGUGGCGAGUUUAGAGAAACGAGUGGUAAGAACGAAACAGCUUCACACCUGCACACGAGGUUGUUUGCGCACCAAUCGAUACAGUGUUCUGAAAUGCAAAUGUCGUGCACCUUGGACGCUAUCGCAAGUUGACAUGGUUGACGAGAAAGGACAGUGGCAGCCUAAGCGAAUGUAUGGAUAUCUCAAUGGUUACAUCCCAGCAAUCACUGUCAAUUGUCGAUGCAACAAUGAUGGCAAGUUACUCACCAAUUGCGAGGAGACGAACAACAUCACAUUUUAUGUCACGGGUUACACUGCUAAGAAACAGGGCCGUUCGUACAAUACCUCCGCGUUGUUAGCGAAAGGCCUCAUAUAUCAUUACGAGGAUGAGACGUACAUCCAUCAGAUCCAAGAACAGACGUGCAUGCUGUUGUUCCGUUCGGUGAACAUUCUUAAUCGUCAGCAGGAGAUGCCAGCCCCUAUGAUUUUCUCUUAUUUGAUGGGAUGGGGAGAUGUCGUCAAAUCACAUCACUACAUCACAGUUUACUGGACGUCUUUUGCAGAAGUGCUUUUGAAUGCAUAUCCUGCAUUGCAUCGGAAUGGCAGAUGA